AUGGCCAACACCAAGCAGGGACAAGGUAACCGGUCGCUAUUUCAGGAAGUCGCCAGGACACCGUCUGUAUCGGCAACGCCCGACAUCGUCCUACCAGUUUCCAACCAGGAAUCAUGGACCUUCCCUAUCCUACAAUACCUCAUCGAUGGAAUGCUACCCGAGGACUCUAAAGAAGUAAACCGAAUAAAAAGAGAAGCCGCAAAUUACACUGUCAUAACAGGACAACUAUACAAACGAGGAUUUUCGCAACCCCUGCUCAAAUGCAUCGAGCCCGGGGACACGGAGUAUAUACUCCGCGAAGUCCACGAAGGCUGCUGCGGCCAUCACAUCGGAGGCAAGACAUUGGCCCAGAAGAUCAUCUGA